AUGGUGUCCCCAAAGCAAUUACUCUCCACCAUCGAAUCGUCCCUUCUCGGCCCCACACCUCCGUCGCCGUCGCAGAGAAUCGAGCUCAUCCACGCCAUUCGCCACUCUCUCUCGUCUUUCAAAUCCCUCCUUUCCUAUCCGCCUCCGAGGCCAUCGGACCGAACUCAAGUGCAGUCGAGAGAAGCAAGGCUUCCGGAUUCUGGACCGAUCUCACUUGAUGAUCAGGAUGUUAAGAUUGCUUUGAAAUUGAGUGAUGAUCUCCAUCUUAAUGAAAUAGACAGUGUGCGUUUGCUUGUUUCUGCAAACCAAGAGUGGGGCUUAUUGGGACGAGAGCCUGUAGAAAUUUUGCGCCUUGCAGAGGGGCUUUGGUAUACAGAGAGAAGAGAUCUUAUAACAGCACUUUACUCACUAUUAAGGGCUGUCGUGCUUGACCAGGGUCUCGAAGCUGAUAUUGUGGCCGACAUCCAGAAAUACUUGGAAGAUCUUAUUAAUGCUGGGCUUAGACAACGGUUGAUUUUGCUUAUAAAGUUGCUGAGAAGGAACAAUUCAGAGGAUAAUGAAGGUAUAAUGUGCUGCCCAGCUUUGGCUUAUGCAUUGUAUUGGGAUAUGGAAAAACUGGAGGAACUCAACCGAGAUGAACCAGCUGGUUUGGGUGGGCCUAACUGUGAGCGCUAUGUUCUUGACUCAAGAGGUGCUCUUGUGGAACGACGAGCUGUGGUGGGUCGGGAAAGACUCAUUCUUGGCCACUGCCUUGUUCUCUCUGUUUUGGUUGUGAGAAUAAGUCCAAAAGAUGUAAGAGAUGUGUUUUCACUUCUAAAAGAUAGUGCAGCUGAACUUAGUGGUAGCUCUGACCCCUUAAAGCAUCAGAUUACGUAUAGCCUUCUUUUUUCUCUUGUAAUAGCUUUGGUAUCAGAUGCAUUGAGUGCAGCACAGGAUAAAGAGUCUGUCUUGUCUCAUGAGGCCCCUUUUAGGCACGAGUUUCAGGAAACAGUGAUAGCUGCUGGAAAUGAUCCAAUGGUUGAAGGCUUUGUUGAUUGUGUAAGGCUUGCAUGGGCUGUACAUUUGAUGUUAGUACAAGAUGGAAUUGAUGAAGGGGAUGCUGCAUCUGGUGCUUCAUAUAUGCGAAAUGGUUGCUCAUGCUUGGAAUUAAUUUUCUCCAAUAAUGUUUUCCAGUUUUCUUUGGACAACAUUCUUCGUACGGCAGCCUAUCAGAAUGAUGAUGAGGAUAUUAUCUAUAUGUACAAUGCUUAUCUCCACAAGCUGAUAACAUGUUUUCUAUCUCAUCCGGUAGUUAGAGACAAGGUAAAAGAAACAAAGGAGAAGGCUAUGAGUGCCCUUAGUCCAUACCACAUGGCCAGAUCACAUGAUUAUAUGCUGGACAAUGGUGUACAUUCUCAGCAUGCUGCUGAAGCCACUCCUCAACCAUUUGUCUCUCUCUUGGAGUUUGUGAGUGAAAUUUAUCAGAAAGAACCUGAUCUGCUGUCUGGCAACGAUGUGUUAUGGACAUUUGUAAACUUUGCUGGAGAGGACCACACUAAUUUUCAAACACUUGUGGCAUUCUUGAAAAUGCUGAGUACGUUGGCUUCUAGUCAAGAGGGUGCUUCAAUAGUCUUUGAGCUUCUUCAUGGGAAAACUUUCCGUUCUAUUGGAUGGAGCACUUUAUUUGAUUGUUUAUCAAUUUAUGAUGAGAAAUUCAAACAGUCCCUUCAGACUGCUGGGGCCAUAUUACCAGAGAUGCAGGAAGGGGAUGCAAAAGCACUUGUUGCAUAUUUGAAUGUCCUUCAGAAGGUAGUUGAAAAUGGGAAUCCCAUUGAAAGGAAGAACUGGUUUCCUGACAUUGAGUCCUUAUUCAAGCUCCUUGGUUACGAAAAUGUGCCUCCUUAUCUGAAGGGUGCUUUACGUAAUGCCAUAGCUACUUUCAUUCAAGUUUCUCCAGUCCUAAAAGAUACUAUUUGGAGUUACCUAGAGCAAUAUGAUCUGCCAGUGGUUGUGGGAUCUCAUAUUGGGAGCAGCAUACAACCAAUGGCCACCCAGGUUUAUGACAUGCGAUUUGAAUUGAACGAGCUAGAAGCAAGAAGAGAACAAUAUCCUUCAACAAUAUCAUUCCUAAACUUAUUAAAUGCUCUUAUUUCUGAGGAAAGAGAUGUUAGUGACAGAGGGCAUAGAUUCAUUGGCAUCUUUAGGUUCGUAUAUGAUCAUGUAUUCGGGCCAUUUCCACAGAGGGCUUACGCUGAUCCUUGUGAAAAGUGGCAAUUGGUUGUUGCUUGUCUUCAGCAUUUUCGCAUGAUAUUGACCAUGUAUGACGUUAAGGAUGAAGAUAUUGACAUUGUCGUUGAUGAACCUCCACUGUCUGCGGGGGCACAAUUGGCUCCACUCCAGAUGCAGCUUCCUGUCAUAGAAUUGCUGAAAGAUUUUAUGAGUGGGAAAACUGUGUUCCGAAACAUAAUGGGUAUUCUUUUAUCAGGAGUCAAUUCCAUCAUUAACCAACGCACCACUCAAAUUUAUGGGCAACUUCUAGAAGAUGCUGUGCUCCUCUCUUUGGAAAUCAUAUUACUUGUUUUGGAGAAGGAUGCAGUUGUUUCUGAUUUCUGGCGCCCUCUAUACCUGCCUUUGGAUAUCAUACUCUCUCAGGAUCAUAAUCAAAUUGUUGCAUUGUUGGAGUAUGUUAGAUAUGAUUUCCGGCAACAAAUUCAACAAUGCUCCAUCAAAAUUAUGAGUAUUCUAAGUUCUCGUAUGGUUGGGCUUGUAGAGUUGCUUUUAAAAUCAAAUGCCGCAAGCUGUUUAAUUGAGGAUUAUGCUGCCUGCCUAGAGUUACGGUCAGAAGAGUGUCAGAUUAUAGAGGACAGCAGCAAUGAUUCUGGUGUUUUAAUAAUGAAGCUUCUCAUUGAUAAUAUUGGUCGACCAGCUCCAAAUAUCACACAUUUGUUACUCAAAUUUGAUCUUGAUACCCCUGUCGAGAGGACAUUACUGCAGCCCAAAUUUCAUUACAGUUGCUUGAAGGUCAUUCUUGAUAUAUUAGAAAAGCUUUUGAAGCCUGAUGUCAAUGCUGUGCUUCAUGAAUUUGGAUUUCAGCUCCUUUAUGAAUUAUGCUUGGAUCCACUAACAUGUGGUCCUACAAUGGAUAUGUUGAGCAACAAAAAAUAUCAGUUUUUUGUCAAGCACCUUGAAACAAUUGGUGUUGCUCCUCUUCCUAAGAGAAUUAGCAAUCAGACACUUCGCAUAAGCUCCCUCCAUCAGAGAGCAUGGUUAUUGAAGCUUUUAGCAAUAGAAUUGCACACUGGUGAAAUGACAACUUCUACCCAUCGAGAAACAUGUCAAAGUAUUCUGGCUCAUGUUUUCGGGCAGAACAUUGCUGAAUGGGGCACUGACCAUAAUAUAUCUCACUCUAUCCUUCAAAGUAGUCCUGCAAGUGGUGGAACUACAACAAUCAGUAAGAGUAAGGUACUCAUGGAUAAAAUUGAUUGA